AAAUCCAUAAAGACACAUAGGGUUGGCUACUUGGAACCUAAGCUACCUCGUCUUUAUAAUUGUUCAUUACCAUUUCUCUUCAAUUUGUACACAACAGAAGAGAGAGAGGGUAACAAAGAAAGAAUCCAUGGCCUCUACAGGAAAACAAGUUGAUGGGAAUUAUCCAACUGUUAGGGUUACUAAGAACGUCACCGUGCACCCCAAAUCCUUGCAUCCACCAAAGAUUAUCCAUCUUUCCAAUCUGGACAGGCAGUGUCCGAUGUUAAUGUACGUUGUUUUCUUUUACAAAGCUUCUUAUGCUUACCGGAAUUUGUCUCUGGAUUCGGUGUUUAACAGCUUGAAAUCUGGGUUGGAGGAGACUCUUUCGAUAUGGUAUCCAGCAGCUGGUAGGAUGAGCCUGAACCAAGGUGAUUGUAAGCUUAAUCUCUGGUGCAACAAUGGUGGUGCAGUUCUAGUUGAGGCAAUCACCAGUGCUCAGAUCGUUGAGCUUGGAGAUCUUUCUCAGUACAAUGAAUUCUUCGAGCGUUUGACUUAUAAGCCUGCUUUUCAAGGGAACUUAUCGGAGAUGCCUUUGCUUGUUGCUCAGGUUACAAGGUUUGGGUGUGGAGGCUACUCAAUCGGUAUUGGUACAAGCCAUUCAUUGUUUGAUGGACCAGCCACCUAUGAUUUUCUGCGUGCAUGGGCUUCUAAUUCUGCAAUUCUGAAAGAAAAGAGAAGCACUCAGCUUUACAAGCCUGUGCAUGAGAGGGGGUCACUGUUGGUGGGUAAUCACCAGGGGCUCACAGAAUUGCCUGAAAGGGGGAGCUCGGCGACAAGAGCAGCGGCCAUAGAUCAUCUAUAUCAGUUGAUAAAACAGGCUAUGGCUGCUCAAAAUUUUGAUGGCAGCAGGAACCUUCCUAAUAUAGGGAACUCAAAUCUUGUUCUCAGGACAUUUCACUUGAGUGGUGCAAUGAUUGAAAGCUUAAAAAGCAAGGUCUUUGGUGACAGGAGAGGUAGCUUCUCAUGUUCUUCCUUUGAACUCGUUGCAACUCACUUAUGGAAGGCAAGGACAAAGGCUUUAGGAGCAAGGAAGGGAGCAAUGGUUUGCUUGCAAUUUGCUGUGGACGUAAGGAACAAGAUGGUGCCUCAAUUGCCAAAAGGUUUCAGUGGCAACGCGUUUGUGCUAGCCUCAGUUGCCUUAACGGCUGAAGAACUGAAAAAUGAAAGCCAUGAAGCUACCGUGGAGAAGUUAAAGGCAGCCAAGAACUCGAUCAGCAACGAGUACGUGAUCGCGUAUAACCAGGCAUUAGAUGGAGGAGCUCAGGGAAGUCUCCCUCCGAUCAACGAGCUGACCCUAGUCUCUGAUUGGACCAGGAUGCCAUUGCACACCAUUGAUUUUCUUCAUGGUUAUGCUGCUUAUGUGUCUCCAUUGCUCUCUCCAAUGCCUCAAGUCGCAUAUUUCAUGCAGAAUCCCAAUGAUUUGAGAGCCAUUGAUGUGAGGAUUGGUCUGCCUCCUCAAUCCUUGAAUGCUUUCUCUCAUUACUUCCUCACCAAUCUGCACUAAGUUCUUGGAAAAUUUCCAUUUGCUCAAAAUAUACACCAGCAUCUGUACUUCG